CUCCGGGGGCCGCCGAGCGAGGGCUUGCCCAGCAUGUCUCCAGUGGCAGAGAAGGACAGAGCAGUUGUUCAGCUCCUGCUUGGUGCUGGCACGUGCCCACGAUGUGUCCUGAGGUUCUGCUCUGUGGGCUCACAGCUGCUCUACAGACACCCACAACAGGAUCUGCUGAAGGAUCUGCAGGAAUUCCUGAGGAACAGCCAGGAACAGGAGGGCACAGAGUGUUUGGAUGUGUCUGACCCCCCUUGUAAGAGACUCAGGCUGGAGCACCAGGAGGAAGGUGCUGCUGAGCUGAACCACAACGGGGCCACCCCGCAGCUCCCCCCAGCUGGGGACACUGGGAGUGCUGGGAAUGCUGGGAAUGCUGCCCUGGACAGCUCUGCUGGGAGGGUCUGCAACGUGUGUUUGGGAAUUCUCCAGGAGUUCUGUGAGCCUGACUUUGUUAAAAAGGUGUGCCAAAAAGUGCAUUCUGCUGACUACCAGUUCACCAGUUUUGUAUUUUCUGUGUCACUUCCCCCACAGCUGUCUGUCAGGGAGCGUGCUGCUUGGCUGGGGGUGAAGCAGCAGAUGAGAAAUCUGGGCCUUCCCUUGGCUAAGGAUGACAUUGUUCAGCUGAAGGAAGCUUACAAGUGGAUUAUUCAUCCCCAGCUGGCAGAAGAGUUGGGUGUUCCUGCUGAUGGAAAGAGUUUGUUUGAAGUUAGUGUGGUCUUUGCUCACCCAGAAACCGACGAGGAGUGCCAUUUCCUAGCCACAGCCUGCCCAGACUGUUUCAAACCAGCAAAGAACAAACAGUCUGUUUUCACCAGAAUGGCAGUUAUAAAAGCCCUGGAGAGGAUAAAAGAAGAGGAUUUUCUCAAGCAUUUUCCAUGUCCCCCAAGCUCACCAAAGAACCUCUGUGAUGCUCUGGAAAUCCAGUGCAAUAAUGGUGCAGUUUUUGUGGCUGGAAGAUACAACAAAUAUUCCAGGAAUUUACCUCAGACUCCCUGGAUUAUUGAUGGGGAGAGAAAGCUGGAAUCUUCAGUGGAAGAAUUGAUUUCAGAGCAUCUGAUGGCAGAAUUCAAGGCAGACAGCUUUAAUUUUAGUUCCUCUGGAAGAGAAGACGUGGAUGUGAGGACACUAGGCAAUGGACGGCCCUUUGCGAUGGAGCUGGUGAAUCCCCGCAGGAUCCGUUUCAGCGCCCAGGAGAUGAAGAGGCUGCAGCAGGCAAUUAAUGACUCUUCAGACAAAAUACAGGUUCGAGAUUUGCAGCUUGUCACCAGAGAGGCAAUUGGUCGUAUGAAGGAAGGUGAGGAGGAGAAGACAAAGACCUACAGUGCCUUGAUAUGGACAGACAAAGCGAUACAGAGAGAGGACAUCGCGUUUCUCGAUGAUAUCAAGGAGCUGAGGCUGGAGCAGAAGACGCCGCUGCGGGUGCUGCACCGGCGGCCGCUGGCCGUGCGCUGCCGCCUCAUCCACAGCAUGAGCAGCGAGUACAUCGACCAGCACCACUUCAGGCUGCACCUCAGGACACAGGCAGGAACCUACAUUAAAGAGUUUGUGCACGGAGACUUUGGGAGAACCAAGCCCAACAUUGGGUCCCUCCUGAACAGAACUGCUGACAUCCUGGAGCUGGAUGUAGAGUCUGUUGAUGUUGACUGGCCUCCAAGCCUGGCUGAUUAACCCUGGAGCUGGGAUGAGGAAGCAGCAGCUCCCUGGCAGCAGCUGGUGACCAGACACUGUGCAGGACCUGUUACAGCCUGGGUGCCAAGGGUGUCCCUGGAACACUGGCAUCAGGGUGAUCUGCCAGAGGAUACCCUUGGGCACCACUUUACACACUCAGGACCAGGUAUUGGUUCAAUCUCAAGCCUUACUUUUAUUUCUUCUGGCCAUAAAAAGAUUUUGGGGAGCCAAUGUCUAUAACCCUCCAUCAAGCCAGGUUUUAUUUUAAACUCUUUUUCUAUUGGAUACUACAGCUUUCCUUGUGUGGAUGCAGGUAACACUGAGUUACCUGAAACCCACUCCCAACUUUUCCUGACACUGCUUUUUUUUUUUGUCAGUGGCAGUAGAGAUAAGCAGAUUUGUCUCUCAGAGUGCUUUUUAAAGGGGGAAAAAAAAGUUUUCCAAGGAAAACUUUGCACUUGAAACCAAGUUUUUCUCAUUUAAAAACAUUGGGGAUGCUUCCUAGAAACAAGAGUUGAGGCUUCCUCAGCCCUUUGAGGAGUAGGAAUUCCCCAGUGAGUCACAAUGUACAAAAAGACUGGGAACUCCUGGUGGGUGAUGGGAAUGUAAAGAAAAACAGGAACACCGAGAAUGUCAACGAGCAGGCAGAAACAGGAGGUACCACAGGGUGCUGGUAUCGAGAGAGAGAGAGAGAUAAAAACCUCUGAUCUAGCAGCAUAAUACAUUUCUUCUUGUACCUCACCUUGUAUGGAUGCCUGGAAGAGCUGAACACAGCCUAGGAACUGGAAUAGGGAAGAUCUGAGGUUUUCUUUGGUUAUUUUAAAUGUUUCCUACUAAGCACCACCAACAUCUUUAGGAAGUCAUUUUUUAUACCAGUAUCAUGUUAAUCCAUUAGGGAGGUGCUUCCCUGAAGUACAGAAGAGUUAAACUAUCAACAAGAAAUUAAGGUUUGGAAGUUCAGAUCUCUUUGUUAAUAUUUUGGGGCUAAAAAGGGUAACAUUUGCCACGACAAGCCACUGUGUGGGGACAGGGAGGAUCACUGGGAUGUCUUCCCUUGAAUUCAGUGAUGCUCCAUGACAGCUUGAGCUGGAGGCUCUAAAAGUGUUAAUAAAUACAUUUUUAAGGAGCUCCUUUAAGGCUCUGCCUGUGCUGGGCUGUCAGAACUUGUGUCUGUAACAUAAGUAAUUCAGAAGCUCCCGUUUUUCUAACACAGAAAUUUGAUUCAGACAGAAAUACUAUUUUUGAUUUUAAUAUUAAAGCUCUUAUGAGCAACACAUUCCAUGAGUAGUUCUCAGAUAAUAAUCUGCAGCCAGGAAGGAAAUGUCAUUAAUGAUAGAAAACUAAAGAAACUGAAUGCAGAAAACAAAAGGGAAUUUCAUAUCUGCGUGAUUUCUUAAAACUCACAGUGAGCUAAAAUACAAUUUAUGAAUUCCAUAAUCUACAAGGGAAAGCAAAAAUGUAAACAAGACUGUGCUCUCUGGCCACAACAGGCAUGGGAAGAGCUGCUCCAAGGGGAAAUGGAGCCGGGGGGGAGAGGGAAAGGGCUGCCAAGGACACACAAUGCUCUUCCCUGUGCAGCCCCUGCAAGGCAGAGAGCUCCUCCCAAACUCCCAGGCUGGUUAGUUUUAUGGGAAAUCUGAAGUAUCCAAAUGGGGAGGGUGGAAGCUGAUAUGCAAAUAUCCCUGAGCUCUUGAGGCAGUUCUUGGGCAGAAAUGAAACUGAGAAAUGUAAUCUGGGGGUCUGAACUUUGUUUCCAGUCCAGUUUUGCAACUGUCACACACUGAAUAUUGCAGCAAUAAUAUUCAUGUUGCACUUGGGCCUUCAGCUGAUUUUUAGGAGUAUUUUGGUGAGUGCUCAGACUGGGUGUUUGGUGAGAGCCAGAUUCCAUCUUGUAUUUCCCCAGCUGGACACCUCUAAUGCCUCCCCCUGCAUUUUGGUUGUGCAUCAGCUCAGCUGGGCCUGGAGAGAGCUGGACUGGCAGCACAGCUCAGCCAAAAGCAUCUGUGCCCUGGUCCCCUCUGCCUAAAAACCAACAGCUCUGCCCCAAAACCUGCUCAGGCACAUCAGCCCUCACAUGCCCGAGGUUUUAUAGCAACAGGGAGCAGAAAAUACCCCAAAAAAGCCCAGGAUAAGCAGCCCAGAACCUACCUUGUCCCUUUCCCUGCCUGCCCGUGGUGAGGGACGUCACGAAGCUGAGGAGCUGCAGAAGCUGAGCACUUUGUAUAACCAGUUUCUUUUAAUUACCAAACCAACUCGUUUAUAAAGGAAACCAGAACUUUGAAAAAAUUUAAUUAUACAGUAAAAACAAAUUAUACUACAAAGAGCUUUAUAAAGUGAGCAGAGGGUUUUCUGAAGUUAGCAAAAUGUUUACAUUUAAUAUACUUAAAACUGAGAACUUCAAAAAAAAAAGAA